GUCGAUCACAGUUAAAAUUUCACAUUCAACAAAAAACGUAAACUGUGGAAUUACCCAUGAAGUUAGUUCAAGAAAAAUUUUACGUGUGUAGUGCACUGCUUUGAUUUCAAAUACGCGGUAAACAAUUCAUGAAGUCAAAUUUCUGCGUCAUUUCAGUAAUGUAACAAUAAUAAAAUAAUAAUAAACCUGUUAUUAUUAUGAAAAAAUAAACGCAAGCAUUAAUCAAAACAUUAUCUAAACCUACAUUAAUAUCGUAGGAAACGUGUUGUACUGGUUCAGGUGACGUCACUACAACAACAUCAAAUAAAUCAUCACCUGGCUUACAUUUUGUUAUAAAUAACUCAAAGAUUGUUCUCUUUUAUUGAUCUUGAAAUUUCGCCAUUAAAAACUAUUCAAUGAGUAUUGUUGUUUCGAGAUUACUUAAAAAUCAGUUCAUGGUCGCGACCUUUCCCUUUUCCACUUCAUUUGAUAGCGAACCACUUCGCAGUGAGGUUUCAGCGAGUUUGAAGAAACGAGCUAAAAUGUCUGACAAACUUUCCUCUGAGGAUAGAGCAACAACUUUGUCAAAACUAACUCAACAAGGUUGGGCAGUUCUGGAAAGCAAGGAUGCUAUUUACAAAGAAUUUGUAUUUAAAAAUUUCAAUCAGGCAUUUGGAUUUAUGUCCCAAGUGGCACUAUUUUCAGAAAAAAUGGACCAUCAUCCAGAAUGGUUUAAUGUUUAUAAUAAAGUUAAUGUUACUUUAACUUCUCAUGAUGUCAAAGGUCUCAGUGGGAGAGACAUGAAGCUAGCCAAUUUUAUGGAUGAUGUAUCAAAAGGUAUUUCACAGCAGGUAUAAAUUAAUUUAAAUAUAUGGUUUUUAUGGAUGGUAUUUAUUUUUAUACAAUUGUUCCUCAGAUAUUAUGACAUGUGCUGAUGUUGUUUGUAUCUAUAAUUGUAAUUAUUUUAAUUUGUUACAAUAUAAUUGUAAUAUAAACAGAUUGCUUUUGUACUGCUUAUGGGAUUAUAUA